UAUUGUCAUGGCGGUUAAUGAAAUGUCAACAACGCGCUUGUUUUUGUGUUUACUGUAGUUCUACAGAUUGAUAUUGUUAUUUAAUUUAUAUGCUUUAAUUAUUGAAUAGUGUCAAUUUAUUAUUAUAUGUUGUAGUGAUAAUCAUUAUAAGUAGGUAAUAUAAUCCAAAUUAAAAUGAGCGGAAGGGCGAAAAAAACCGCGGCUCCGAAGAAAAAAGCUAAUGGAUAUAAAAUGCCAGCUCCCAUUCCCGUGGGAGAAGUCAUCAAUGAUCCUAUAUCCAAAAAAAAGUGGAGGAUUGGUCCUUCUAUUGGAGUUGGGGGCUUUGGUGAAAUAUAUUCAGCGUGUGAACAUGACGGCUCUCCAAGGAAGGCUUCAAAUUAUCCUUAUGUUGUUAAAAUCGAACCACAUGAAAAUGGACCACUGUUUGUGGAGAAACACUUUUAUAUUAGAAAUGCUAAUAAAGAUGACAUUGCUAAAUUCAUGAAAGGCAGGAAAUUAUCAAGUUUUGGAAUGCCAUCGUACUAUGGGAAUGGAUCCCAUGAGUACCAAGGAGAGAAGUACAGGUACCUGGUGUUGGAGAGGUAUGGCAAGGAUGUGUGGAGCUUGUUCAAGGACUGUGGCCGGAGUUUCUCACCUUCAACAGUCUUUCAAUUAGGAUUGCAAAUGUUAGAUGUGCUAGAAUACAUUCACAGUAAAGGCUAUGUCCAUGCUGACAUUAAGGGGGCUAACAUAUUGAUGGGUCUCAAAAAGGGGACGGAGAAUCAAGCAUACCUUGUGGAUUUUGGACUGGCUACGAGGGUCACCGAUAAAGAAUUUAAACCUGACCCUAAGUGUGCACACAAUGGCACCAUAGAAUAUACAAGUAGAGAUGCUCAUUUAGGAGUGGCCACAAAGCGCGGGGAUCUUGAGAUCCUGGGCUACAACAUGCUGCAGUGGCUGGUUGGGGAGCUGCCUUGGGAAAAGAACCUAAAACAGCCUAAGACUGUGCAGGCUAUGAAGGAGGCUUUCAUGAAUAAUGUACGGAAAGAGAUCACAAGACAGUUCAAUAAUGUGCCAGAAGCUCUUACCAACUUCUUCGAGUACAUCAAUUCAUUGAAACCAAAGGAUAGCAUAGAUUACACUAAAUGCAGACAGAUGUUUGAAAAUUAUCUUAAGAGUGAGGGAGUUGCAAAGAGUAAGAAAAUGGAUUUCGCAGGUAACAAGAAAAGAAAAACAAAGAAAAUUGAAGACAGUAGUGAACACUUGGACGCCGACGAUAAUACAGAACAGGUGUUGAAGAAGAACACGGCGAGACAGAACGGAGAGGUCAGAGCGGUGAGACGAGGAAGGAAAGUUCAACAAGUCCCAGAAGAGGACGGCGAAAAUAAAGAACCAGCGGACAGUGUAGUGAAACAGACGUCUAGAGCUAAGAAGCGGAAUUCAAUAGAACCCUCUGUGGUGGUGAAGCUCAGGAAGACGAGGAUGGCGCCCAAAGCUAAGACUCAGACGAGCGUCGACAAGAACAAGCGGAGUCCGCGACAGGUCUCCUUCGACAGUCCCAUCAGUGAGGUCAUCGGCGAGAAGAACUUGAAACGAAAGAGUGACUCCAUGAACUCCAGUGGAGACAUCUUCGACGAUUCCUUCAUCAUAGAAGAGAAGAAAGCGAGGCCAAGAAGGAAACUGAUAUCAGACGAGGAGGUCAUCGUGAAGAGAGUGGUCAGGAAGAAAGUUACAAGUGUCACACACAAGACCAGGUCGUGGAGGGACUCUCCCGCCGUCGUGAACGGACGGUCACCGCCCAAGUAACCCACAUCACAAUACAGCUGCCAUAGACUGGAGUGUCCCAAGCCAUACACAGCUCCCACCAAACAAUAACACAAUAAUAAUAUACUUAAAAUAUACAAUAAUUCAACGCCAUAUAUUUUUACUCUCACUUGAAACAUUGAUGUAGUUCAUUAUGUUUAUAAAGAAUCGUUAAGUAAGUAUCGAUAUUCAUAUGGGUCGAUGUUUUUAAUUAAGUUUCCUUGUAUUGUUAGAGGGAAAAGACUACUUGAAUAGCUAACGAGGUCAGGAUAUUAGAGAACAUUAAUAUUAAAUAUGUCGUCUGUGGACAAGUGAUCUCUUAAACAUUUUGUAUCUGCUGAGUAGUGUGGCAUCGAGUGUCCGUUGUCAGCUGGUAGCGUACUGAGAGCAGUCGCUUAUAACAUGUACUUAGAACCAGUUGUUGUUCUUUAUUGGUAUUUAAUAUUGAUGUAACGUGAAGGUCACCCUGGAACAUCCCACAGUCCAGGCCACCGGGAAGGUUUGAGAACCUUAUAGUUUUAGAUGGUCGUGUUUCGUUGGUGUCACCGUAUAUCCAUGUAUGAAGUCGACUCUGUUCAGUGUGGAUGAUUGUUUUAAUGUAAUCAUUGAAUAUCCCAUGUAUUGUAUGUACUGUACGGUCGCCAUUUAUUUCUUUUAACUAAUCGUAUGUAUGAAUUGUGUUGAUCUUUUAAUAAACAGUAUUUUCCAA